UCAAUUGUCAUGAUUUCGUUGAAAAUAUAUGUCGAUUGAUUUGAUACAAAUUUCUUGAUUUAUAUAUUUUAAUAAAACGUAAUUAAGUAUAAAUACUUUAAAAUGAAUCGUAAUAUUUUAACGGUUAUUAUUCCAAUUGUUUUUGCAAAGUUUGUUCUGUGCACAGUCCACUCUGGAUCAGCUCAACCCUUAUUUGAAGAUGAAGUUGGUGUUGAAAGGUAUAUCGUUGAAGGUAGAGUUUUUCCACCUGAACCAAACGAAGCAAGCAAUUGGCAAAUCGACACACGAAUACAUAUUAAUGGUGGCGAGUAUAUUGGAUUCGUAAAAAAUGACGGGUCAUUCACUGUACACAAUGUACCUUCAGGAUCGUAUGUCGUUGAAAUUGUGCACCCCGACUAUAUGUAUGAGCCCGUCAGAGUAGAAAUUAAUUCAAAAGGCAAAAUAAGAGCAAGAAAAGUAAACUACAUUCAGACAUCACAGGUUAUUCAAGUACCAUAUCCUCUGAAAAUGAAAGCAGGGUCUCGAUGCAGAUACUUCCAAGCAAGAGAACAAUGGAGAGUUACCGACUUCCUAUUUAACCCAAUGGUCAUUAUGAUGGUGCUGCCUCUUUUCCUUAUUAUGAUUUUACCCAAAAUUAUGAAUGAUCCAGAAACAAAAGAAGACUUAAAGCAAAUAAGUAAUAUGACCAAAAUGUCUGAAUUCCCAGAAAUGUCAGAAUAUAUAACUGCAAUGUUUAGUGGAGGUGCAAAGCCUAGUGCUUCAAAAGCAAAACAAGUCAAGAAAAGGCAGUAAAUCUUCUGUUAUUGUAUUUAGUCAAUUUAUGUUAUAGGAAGUCAACCCUUAUAUAAUAAAUUAUUUAAAGUUU